UCACACGCAGUCUGCUACUACUACUGCUUCUUCUACUACUCCUACCAUUGCUACAUCGAUCCUCUUGAGAACUCUUUGCUUUGAGAACUCUUUGCUUUGAGAACUCUUUGAGAACUCUUUGCUUUGAGAACUCUUUGAGAACUCUUCAGAAGACUCAUUCCCGGAGCUACAGAAGAGUGCAUUAGUCGCUCUUUCUCCUCGUCUUCUUCUUCUUUAUCGCCAUCACCGCCAUCAUCGCCACUUUAGCGCAAGAAAUGAAAGUGGUCGGAGCCACCUGCGCCCUGAAGAGCAAAGUCGGCCUCUCCGAGCAGAGCCUGGCCAUCUCCAAGUGCAAGCUGCCCCUCCUGGACGAGCAGAUGAGCGCCUUCCUGCAGGACAUGAACAGCUGCUACAGCAAGCUGAAGGAGCUGGUGCCCACGCUGCCCGCCAACAAGAAGCACAGCAAGGUGGAGAUCCUGCAGCAUGUCAUCGACUACAUCUGGGACCUGCAGGUGGAGCUGGACGGCCCCGGUGGGCACCGGCAGCAGGGGACGGGGGCCGGCACGCGCACGCCCCUUACCACCCUGAACGCCGAGCUCAGCAGCAUCUCAGUGGAGAACGGUUGCUCAGAUGACAGGAUCCUCUGCCGCUGAGGUCUAAAAAAUCGAUGGUCCUCACUACAACUGUCCAGAACACAGUGUAAAGAACCAGGGCUGUUCCAGCAGAAGAUCCGAACGAACGAAGCUGCAGAGCGAAGCAGCCGGGGUCCGUGCAGCGCCGUGGCGCAGUACGCACCAAAAAAAGACUAAAAAAGUGGGACUGCUUCUGUGCCUGAAGUGUCAGAAACCAACGUCAGCGAGGCGAGGUCCUCAAAGUGUGUUUAUGCAAGAAUGUGUGAAAAUGUGUGAAAGUGUGUGGAAGAGUGUGUGUAUACUUGAGGUAUUUGAGGCUACCUUGGAACCAGCAUCCAACUCCAAGCUGACUGAGUUGAUAGUAAAUACGUUGUCUGUAUUAGAUGUCAAGAAAAAAAAUCUGAAAUCUGAAAAGAUUUUUCAAAAAGACCACGUCACAUGACCAUGCCUUACUUAAAUCCGGGGACAGCAGCGCAGGACCUGGAUGGCCGCAGUCCCGCAAACUUUGCUGGUUUUCAGCAGCAAAACUAAUGUAUAAAAAAAUUCAUCCUGCUGGACUCCGGUCACCCAGGAAAGUGCUGGACACCCCUGACUUAAACCUAAAUGUCUUAAAGCUUCCUGUCCUCCUUUUGUAUUUUUUUGUAAAACGUACACGCAGAGAGAGAGACAUUUAUAUUUUGUACAGAGUGAAUGAAAAGAACAAAUCAAGCUUCUCAGAUUUCUGAGCUAUAUUUGUAUUGUAUAUUACAAUGCCUUAUGUCUUCAUUGAUAUUGUUUUCUUACAAUGUAUAUGAAUUGUGUUUUUAUCAAUACAAAUAGUAUUUUGAGAAAAAAAAAG